UGAAUGCAACUAAAGGGGGCGUGAACUUUGCGUAAGUGUCCACCAUUCUCCAGGUUAAGGCAGCGCGUGGAGGAAUAAAGCGGCAGAACAAAAUCAAACGGUGUACCAUACCUUCUUUACAUAUCGGACAUACCUUAGGCCGGUUUAGAGACACCAUGUCCGGCAGCUGGUGGAGCAGCGCGGCGGUGACCCACGGACUCAUCGCUCUGUUCGCCAUGGGCUCGUGGAUUUCCGUCAACAGUCUGUGGGUCGAGCUCCCCGUGGUUGUCAGCGUGCUGCCCGAAGGCUGGAACCUGCCCGCUUAUCUCUCAGUACUGAUCGCCUUUGGGAACCUCGGCCCCAUCGCAGUGACCAUCACACAUCACUGCGCUCCAGGAUGUUUGAAUGAACGCCUCAUCAUCCACUGCAUCCAGCUGCUGGCGGUGGCAGCGUCGGCUCUCUUGGCUGUUUUCUGGUCUCACACCGUCACAAUAGCAGGAGAAGAAAGGUCCCUGCUGUUCCUGAUAUUCACCUUUGUGUUGGCUUUAGUUUGCUGCACGUCCAACGUCACCUUCCUGCCUUUCAUGUUCCGUUACCCCCCGCAGUAUAUCCGUACCUUCUUCAUAGGUCAGGGCUUCAGCGCCUUGUUCCCCUGCAUCGUGGCGUUAGGACAAGGCGUCGGUAAGCUGGAAUGCAAAACUGUGAACGGCACGGUGACGCCAGAGUAUUUAAAAGAGAACUUUCCAGCACAGAACUUCUUCUGGUUCUUGUGUGUCAUGCUGUCAGUCUCGUCUGUGAGCUUCUGGGCUAUAACGCGAAGGCAGACAGAGCCACAGAAAGAUGCUCUACCACAGGAGGACGACAACACGACAGCAGCCAAAAACGGAGAGGAGACGCAUCCUCUGCAUAACGGAGCGAUGACGCCGGUGUCUGAGGAGCAGGUUCAGAUCGAGGAACAACCUCCUGCUCAGACGUUUUGGACUCAGAGGAACAUCUACCUGCUGUUUCUGCUCGCUGUCUCCAACGCGCUCACCAACGGGGUGCUGCCGUCUGUGCAGAGUUUCACCUGUUUGCCUUAUGGCACCAUGACCUUUCACCUGUCUGUGGUCCUCGGAAACAUAGCAAACCCCCUGGCCUGCUUCUUGGCCAUGUUUGUUAUCCUAAGGUCCUCCCCUGGUCUGGGCAUCCUGUCCAUAGCAGCAGGAGUAUUUGCUGCAUAUCUCAUGGCGUUAGCAGCACUCAGUCCCUGUCCUCCUCUCGUAGGAAGCACUACUGGCGAGGCUCUGGUGGUCAUCUCCUGGAUCAUCUUCACCGGCCUCUUCUCCUACCUGAAGGUGGUCAUCGGGACUUUGCUCCACGAGGCCGGUCACGCUGCCUUACUGUGGUGCGGCAUCUCCAUCCAGGCGGGCUCUCUGAUCGGAGCCCUCUCCAUGUUCCCCCUGAUCAACGUCUACCACGUGUUCUCCCGCGCUCAAGAAUGUGUUCCCUGCAGUUAACAGAGGGAGACAUGUUUUAAUGGACACAGUUUCCUUUCAUUCACCGUGGGAAAUCACCCUGUUGUAGGGUUAUUGUGUUCCUGAGUGAAGCGCCUGAUCCGUCUCUCAUCAAACAUCUCGUCCUCCCUGCUGCAGAGACCUCUGAGCCCGUAAGAGUACAAACAUUCCCACAUAAUGGGAGCUUUGUGUCGCUGCACAUUGGCCGAGGGGAUCUAGAUGCAUAUGAUGCCGUAAUACCGCAGGUGCUUUGUGCAGUGUUUUAUAAAGAAUCUCUGUAGAACAUGUUGUUUACAUUAGUAAAAAACAGCUAAUGAUGGAUUUGUUUGCCACAACAACAGACCACGUGAAACGCUAACCCCUCAGGGACACGACGAUGAACACAUUCAUCCAUUCUCCAUGCUUCUGAGGUAAUCACUUUAAGAUGUUUAUUUCUGUGACUUUUUCCAUGUUUCACUACCUCUUCCCUCUGAUCCAUGUUUGCAUAAAUCAUGAUCUCAUGUACAGCAGCAACAUCACCACAUAUACGGUUAUGAAGCUGCGCUGAUGUCGGUUGAUUUAGAAGUGCAGUAACUGAAAACAAGCGGUUCAUUUAUCUCAUUCCUAUAUUUCACGCCAAAUUGAAGUCUCAGUGCCUGAAUGUGCUGACCUAGCUUGAAAUGUGAAAACAGUCUGGCACAUGUUUCCCUCAAUUUGUUUCCAUUAAUGUUUUUUUAUUACAAACAUUUUGUGUAAUUUGUUGAUUUACAUUCAUUCCUAGUAGGGGAGAACAGGGUUGGUUGUCACACUUUUUACGGUUUUGAUGAUUGCUCAUCAUCAAAACAUCUUUCAUUAGUCAUUCCUACAUUAAAUUGAAGCUUAAGGUGUUGGCUUGAAAUGUGUAUCCCUCUCAUUUUCCAACUCAUUGUAACAAAGAGGCAAUUAACUAUCAAAGACACUCUGACACAUUGUGACAACCAACCCCAUCACGGGGAUGGUUGUCACACUAUGGAGUUGGUUGUCACACACUAUGGGGUUGGUUGUCACAAUGGUAUUUCAAUGGGAAAAAUCUUUAAAAGGCAAGAAGGCAGAACUAAAUUUGAAAGUUUAAUUGCACUGACAAGUGAUAGGCCUACAUAACUUAAUACAUUGUAACAUAACAUGAGCAAGGACCAUGAACAGGAAACACAUCUUUAGACCAGCCUAUAUAACAACAUAAAGAACAAAAUAAUUAGGCCGUACAAUAAUGGCCGACUCAACUAGGCUACAUGCAGUCACUGUCUGAGUUACAGUGAUGGCAAAUGUAAGAUCUGCACACUCCAACUAAUUUCACCAUGCAUGAUUUUGCCAACAUAGGGGUUGGUUGUUACAUGUGACAACCAACCCCAAAGAGAAUGUGACGACCAACCCCAACUGGAAUUUUUUGCUAGCAUCAAGGCUAACAACAUCUAACAACUACUUAGCUAGCUAAUAAAAAUCUAAACUAUAGCUUCCCCCUCACACUUUGUAAGGGUAACACUUGUUUUGUUAUAAACCCAUCGUUUAAAAGCCUAGAAGAAAAAUACUGAGGAGCUGAAUAUUUACAAUUUGACAUGAAAAACACAAAAAGUCCUCUCACCUCAAGUUCAGCUCUCUCACUCCAGAGAAGACUAUGUAGGUGAGCUCUGAUCCUAAUUCUGGAAAUGUCCAUACCCCAAUUUGAGAGACAGCGCCUUCUGGUGGCGAGAUAUAACGAGUGUGCCAACCAACCCGUGUGACAACCAACCCCGUUCUCCCCUACAGAUUAAUUUCAUGCCACCGCCCGGGAACAAUCUCUGGCCUUGACGAGUCGAGAAGAAGCGAGGGAACUGUUUUGUAAACGAGGGAUUUUAUCUUCUGUCUUUUUGAAAAAUAAUGAAGUGAACUUUAAUAUGCACUAAGACCUUGUCAGGUAGUUUUAUUAACAAGCUGCUAAAAUACAAUAAAUCAAACUCCUCAGAGGUUUACAGAGGAAGAUUAUCCAUUAAUGUUGCCUUAACUUUAAGGUUCUCCGCCUGCCUUCUCAUUUUUAAACGUUCGUUACAUUCUGUUGAUUUGGAACAGACUGAUUAUAAAGUGAUUUUUUUGUAAUCAUGGUUAUGUUUUUUUAUUUUCAUUCAUAAAUAUGUGAUAUGAAUCAACAGAUGAGUCAUGUUGAGUCGAGCUGUAAGUGACUGAUAAUAAAGAUUUGAUGAAAAAGUCCUGAAA